UACGUCACCUGCAACAAGAUCGUUUAUCGGCUUGACCCGGAAUGACACGAUUAGUGACGAAUGUUUAGUACCGUGCACAUUAUAGGUCGCGUGUAUGUGGGUGCAUCCAAGUUAGGGUCGCGAUCGUGACGCUUGGGAUUAGCUGCACCCGGGUUCCGGGGACAGGUAUUGACACGGGCGGGUCGCGGCUGUCGAUUUCACAACCAGGAAGUUUAAAGUACUCUACAGCAAUCAAGUAGUGCUGGACGUGGUAGUGUUGACAUCCUCUCAGAUCAGACACUGACCAUGAAGACAUUGUAGAAGUGAGGCAUCGUUGGAACAAAACCUUGACUAUGGAUCGUCAGACAGCCUAUUACGUGGAGAACAUGGACCCUCGUGGUGGCCAGGGGAGCCAAUAUGACCAAAAUGGGUAUGCAGGCCCCUACGACAUCCCCAUGGAAACAUAUGCCAAUGAUGGUCAGAUGGAGCACAGAGACAGCAGAUGGAACCAGUUUGGGGACAACCAGCCUGCUGACCCCCGCCCCUCUAACCGCCGCCCACGUUCCGAGGGGUUCUACGACCAGGCCCAAGGCUCCGCACGGCGCCAUGACUACCAGGACACUGCGGAACUACUGGAGUGCUUGCCCAGCAGGCAGUUAGAGAAUAAGGUGUCCAAUGCCAAGCACACACUACGUCAUCGCAGAAACAAGUCUUACCACGGCACGGUGAGACUUGGCGGGGGGAACGCCCUGGAGCAGAUCAGUCGAACUCUGAGUGACGGGGAGGAGUUUGAACAUGGGGAGGAGUUGGAGGGGAUGAUCCGGGGGAUGACCACAACAACGUUGGCUGGCAAGAGGGAGAUUAGGAGGCGCCUCAGUUCAAAGAAAGCCAAGAAGCGGCCAGGACGAUGUACUCAGCUGAAAUAUUCAAUUGGAAUGGGGUGGCAGCACUUCAAGUACCAGCUUGCCGAGGUGAUGUACUCGCUGGAGCUCUGGCGCUCACACCUCAAGAAGAUCGAGGGACAUUUCGGCACGGGUGUGACAUCUUACUUCCUCUUCCUGAAAUGGCUCUUCUUCAUCAACCUCCCAAUCUUCCUCCUGACGUUCGGCUUUGUGGUGCUGCCGGUGGUGCUGCAGCGCUGGUACCUUCCGCAGACUGCCACCCCACAGCUGAGACCAAUAGCAAACGUCUACCCGGAGCGGAAUGGCACGUCCUUCACCGGGGAAGAACUCCUGACAGGAGCGGGCUGGUUCCAUGACACGGAGAUGUACUACGGCUUCUACAAGGGAAUCACUAUACAACUGUUCUCAGGCGUGGAGUACAAGAUGAUCUAUGCCUACGUCUUCACCUGUGGAGGCUACUACCUACUUUGUUUGCUUAUAUUGGCUCAGAGCAUAUUACAGUCCUACAGGAAGUACUACAUCGAGGGCAGCUCCGAGUUCAACUUCUUCUUUGUCAGCAAAGUGUUUUGUGGAUGGGAUUAUGGUGUGACAUCCAAGGAAGCUGCUAGACUCAAGCAUAAGAGUGUCUACAAUGAGUUGUUGGAAUAUUUGUCAGGGAAGAAGAAAGAGCAGGCGAAGACCACCGGGGAGAAAUGUCAGAUCUUCUGGAUACGAGUGGCCCUGAACCUCAUCGUUAUUGGACUCCUUGGUGGGGCGGGCUACUUGGUGUACUGGAUCUCCUCUACGGAGUCUGUCAAGAACAAGAUUCCUGUGUUGAGUGAGCUGGCCCUGCCCCUGGUUAUUACAUCGCUGAACAUGAUCACGCCGACCGUCUUCUCACUCGUGGGAUAUCUGGAGAAAUACGAGAAGCCCAAAAACGAGCUGUACAUCCAUAUGCUCAGGACAAUGACAUUGCGAGCGACCAACUUGGCAGUCCUGGUAUAUUUCUGGUUUAAGACCGCCCAAGAGAAGGAUUGCUGGGAGUCGUUUGUAGGCCAGGAGAUAUAUCGUCUUGUCAUCGUGGAUUUCAUCUUCACCCUCCUGUAUACCUUCUUCUUUGAGUUCAUUAGAAGGAUAAUAUCCCAGUUCUGCUUCAAGAGAGUUACCAGAGCAGAGUUUGGUAUCGGCCGUGACACGCUGGACCUUAUAUACUCACAGGCAUUGUGUUGGCUGGGAACAUUUUACAGUCCUUUGCUCUCGUGCAUUGUGAUCAUAAAGUUGUGGAUCAUUUUCUAUGUGAAAAGGGUCAGUGUUUUACAGAACUGUCAGCCUUCAAUGCGUCCGUGGCGGGCGGCGCGAUCACACACCAUCUUCCUCGGCUUCCUCUUCUGUUUCUUCCUCCUCACAACCACAGCAGUGGCCUGUGGGAUCAUAUUUAUCAAGCCAAGUCAGAAUUGUGGUCCCUACCAGGGCAAGAACACCACGUACGAGGUCGUCAUUGAGCUGGUCGACUCCUGGAAGGAGGAACACGCCUGGCUGCACGAGGUCAUCCACUUCAUCUCGUCUCCGGGCUGCAUUGCUGGAGCCGUGGUCUUACUGUGUAUGGGAACGUACUACAUGAGAAUUGCAAUGAUUGGCCACAAGGAGAUGGUGAAACUUCUGCAGCAGCAACUGGCGCUAGAGGGUAAAGACAAGAACUUCCUGCUCAACCUUCUCCAGGAAGUGAGCCGCAAGAGGAAGAAAGAUGAUGGUGGUCUGAACAAGCGGACCCGACUGCAGCAUGGUGCAGGAACCUCCUCCGACAUCAUGUCACCAGACGAUGAAGUAGACAGUGUCGUCACGGCCCAGGCUGAGCCAGCUGUCUGUGAACAGGAAAAAGUCAGUGUCAUCACGGCCCAGGCUGAACCAGCUAUCUGUGGACAGGAAGUAGACAGUGUUGUCACGGCCCAGGCUGAGCCAGCUAUCUGUGGACAGGAAGUAGACAGUGUUGUCACGGCCCAGGCUGAGCCAGCUGUCUGUGAACAGGAAGUAGAUAGUGUCAUCACAGCCCAGGCUGAGCCAGCUGUUUCUUGGCAGCAAGAAGAAGAAGAUGACAAUCAGGAUAAUAAUGAUGCCUCGAGCCAGGCAACAUGAUGACAUGUUCACAUCUAGGAGGAAGGGCUUUCGCACGACAGUUGGUGGAGACGUCGGCUCGAAUGUGAGAUUCGGCCCACAUGUCUGACAAUCUUCCAGUCAGUGAAUCGGCCUCGGAGGUGAUGUGAAAUGUGUGUCAUCGUUCCUCCUCCAUCUACUGAUGUGUCGUGUCAGCAAGAUUGUGUUGUCAUGGUGACCAGCACAAUGUGGUGAUGAAGUGUUACAGUUGUUUAUGCUGCAGCCUGUCAGGGUUCAGACACUCUCCAUCAGUAGUAGUGAUACAGGUCCUGGCUCAUCUUCCUGAGACAAGGGAGUAUACUGACUAUAAAAGUCCUGUUUCCACCCUUGCCGAAUUAGGCCGGAAUUAUGGAGUGAUCUUAUGGCUGGACUAACGAGUCCAUGCAUAAUCAGAUGAAAAUCCUGUAAUGAAAUUGACAUCUGGUUCGUAAACUGCCGUGCAGAUUUCGGUCAAUUGCAGGAUUUGCAAAGCAUGUGUACUGCCAGCUCGGCAUCAACAAAUAUUUUCCAAAUCUUUGCAGGUUUUUAAUCAAGAUGCUCACUUGAUUUGAUGCACUUCACGAAGAAAGAUCUGUUUUAUUACAAAUAGAUCUUGAUUAUCAGUCAGAUUGUCUUGAGUGGGAGCGCCAUUUUGUUUGAAGCAAAUGCAAGUGAUAUGAGAGGUGGAUCUGAUUGUCAAUAGGAGGGACACAGAAGGGACAUAAUUCGUAAUAGCCAAUGGUGGCACCACGAUCGAGCCCAGAAAUUCCAGCCUAGUUCGGCAAGGGUGGAAACUGAACUUUUAUAGUCAGUUAACUCCCUUGCCUCGGGAAGAUGGUCCUGGCUUGUCUGACAUAGACUGUCACUGGUUGACAAAUGUUACAGUCUUGUCAUUCUGUGACAGAGCUUUAGCAUAUACAUGAUUGUGGGUAGGGUGGAUUCAGCAUAUACAUGAUUGUGGGUAGGGUGGAUUCAGCAUGUACAUGAUUGUGGGUAGGGUGGAUUCAGCAUAUACAUGAUUGUGUGUAGGGUUGAUUCAACAUAUACAUGAUUGUGGAUAGGGUGGAUUCAGCAUAUAC